AUGACAUCAUCAACCGUUCAAAGUUUCAUAGUGGAGCGAUCAAAGUGGUACUUGAACUCAGAAAAACAUAACGUUAGCCUUUCUUUAUCAUUGAACUUGCAACCAGAUUGGACAUCCCUUUUGAAAGUUCCGCUAAUAAAAAUGGACCCUUAUGGAGCAGUAUCGGCAGAUCUAUUCGAUAUACCAGCUGCGGAACAAGAAAUAACUGUUGGGUCUAAUGAUCAACCAAUUGUAUCAGGAAAUUCAAAUUUAUCAGGAGUUGGACAUUCUGCUGUAUCUAGUGCGGGGACUAUCACUGUAGGAGCAGAUGGAACCUUGCACUUUCAAAAGGCACCAUCUGGUCAACAAGGCCCGCGCGUCAUAAUGUUGCAGAGGAGUGCUCCAGGGUCUGGACCGACUGUGCCAAACUCUCCUGUUCAACGUCCAGGAUUAAAGACUGUAAAGAUAAUUACUGUUCCGGGUCAAGGUGCUGGAGGUAAACCUCUAAAAGCAGCAGUGAUACCAAUGCAUAUGCUGCAAAGAACUGUCAAAAUACUUCCUGCUGGGGGUCAGCAAGUGAUAAAUUCUAGCGGCGCUACUGUAACAUCAAAUUUCCCACGUGUUCUCACCAUCCGUCCUCAGUUAUCAUCUGGUCCCACAGUCUUGACUGGUGCUACCACUAUUACACCUGUGAGACCUGGCACGCUGAUUUUUUCUGGUGCUUCAUCAACACAGUUCACAGGAUCUCCAAUCAGCUAUCAAAGUUCUGAGGAUGUUGAAAAUCAAAUGAUUAUAGGGUCUGGAGGUGAAAUUAUUAAUGGAGCUCCUCACGGUGUACUUACAACUUCUGGUUAUUACGAUAUAAAUAUGCAUAAUGCCGCUGGCUUCGAACACUCGGCUAGUCCGGCUGGUCGUGAGGAGGGUGAAGAACAGGAACAGGUUACAACAGGUCUGAAAACCAAUGGUCUUCGACGUUAUGCUCGUUGUGUUUGUAACAAGGUUAAAGAGAAAGGUAUAACUUCCUAUAGUGAGGUUGCUGAUGAACUUGUACACGAGUAUGCUGCUGAACACCCUAUGAUUCCAUCUGAACAACUUCAUUAUAUUCAGAAGAAUAUCCGUCGGCGUGUUUAUGAUGCAUUAAAUGUUUUAAUGGCCUUAAAUGUACUUCAAAAAGAGAAAAAGGAGAUCCGUUGGGUUGGAUUGCCCGUAAAUAUGAUAGAAGAAUGUCGGCGUUUGGAAGAAGAGCGUGAAAAGCGACAGAUUUCUCUGCGGAAUAAAACUGUUGAAAUACAAGAUCUCAUCAUGCAAUUGAUUGCUUUCAAAAACCUUGUAAUGCGCAAUAAAAUCAAUGAUCGUUGUAGACGUGAUCGUACGGUUUCAGAAUCUCACCCCUGUGGUGGAUCACGUAACGUUGAUACUGAUUCAGAUAAAAUGACAUCUAAUGGUACUUCGAAAAUUCGUAACGAAAAGAUUCCUUUACCAUUUUUGGUGAUAUCCACUCACAGAAAAACUGUUAUUGAUUGCAAUAUAUCCACUGAUAAGUUGGAAUAUUUAUUUAAUUUCGACCAAGCCUACGAAAUACGCGAUGAAGUUGACACCUUAAAACGCAUGGGUUUAAUGCUUCGCCUUGGUACUAUUCAUUGUACACAAGAAGAGUAUAAUCAAUGCUUAGAGUUGGUACCACCAUCUCUGAGAUUUUAUGUAGAGGCCAUUUACGAACGACGUCAGGCUAUUGUACCUGACUUUGAGGCGCUUCAUCAACAAAGAAGAUUAUUUGUUGAAGCCAGACUAGCUGCCGCGGCUGCAGCAGGUCAUACAGAUGAAGGUGGUGAUACUAUGGGAUCCGGUGCUCAUGCAGGGUCAGUGAACGUGCAUCAACAGUUAGAUCACUCCUUACGUAGUAGUCAGCGAUCACCAAUCGAUGCCAACUCUCACUAUACUAGCCUGUUCGAUACAGCGAAUACAAAUGUAAAUGAAGGUGGUUUACGGCAGCUUUAUUUGAAUCGAAGUCCAGACGAUGAAGAUGGUGGUCAUAUUUCUGGAUCUGUUUCUAAUAGUGGAUUUGUGCCUGGUGAUACUCAGCAUUAUGCUCGUGCAGCCGCAUCUCGUGGUUAUGUUGUACCAGGCGGUCCAGGGGGACUUUUACGCCAUCGACAGCAUACUCCAUCUUCCGGAGUCUCUAGCAUUUUAAACCGUCAGUUUAGAAGUGAUGGAGCUUCUCGCAUGGGUUCGUCAACCUUGAUCAGAACUCUAAUUAGUGAUAGCCGUGAAAUGGCUUCUUCAGUAAUUGGCGUGAACAAUGAGCAUCCCAUGGCUCAUAGUGAUGAUACAAAUGAUGAACUAGUGGAUCCUGACGAAAUUAUUGAAGAUCAUGGUGAUGAUGAAGACGAAGAUGAGGAUGAUGACGACAUGGAAGAUAUAAACUUUUCUACAAAACGGUCAACGAAUCCUGACGUUGGACCAAAUCAACCAACAUGUAAGUAUGGGAGAGAUUGUUAUCGAAAAAAUCCUCAGCACUUUGAAGAAUUUUAUCAUCCAGAUAAUCAAGUAUUGGUUGGGCCCCAUAUUACGAACUCAAACAGCACCAAAGAUUCAGAAGUAUCAACCAAUGAAAAUUUCUAUGGCAUUUAUCUCUUUCGCGUAUCUGGUGUAAAGUACGGUAAAAUUCCUACAAUAACCUUAAAGGAGAUUCUUAAUUCUUCUGAUGGUGAACUCGUAUCUUCAAUUCAGUUUAAUUUCAUGUUUGAUAUACCAUGGCUAAGAGAACAAUAUCCAGAGCGCUUCAGAUCACUACCACUCACUAUUGUACACGGUUUUCAAGGAAAAAUGAAGAAAUCAUUAGAUGAAUCUGUUGCAAAAUACAGUAAUAUCCGAACUUGUCAAGCCGAUAUACGUUUGCCAUAUGGUGUACAUCAUACAAAAAUGAUGAUGCUCAAAUAUAAAGAUGGUUUACAAAUUAUCAUUCAUACAGCGAAUAUGAUAUCGGAUGAUUGGGAUCGAAGAACUCAAGGAAUUUGGAUUAGCCCGAAAUUAAAGUUAUUAAGCGUAGAACAACAGAAGAACUUGAAUGAUACAGAUUCGAGAACUAAUUUUCGUGCAGAUCUACUUGAGUAUUUAAAAUCAUAUGGAAGGGAUUUAACCCAGUCAACCAGUUCACCCUUAUUUGAAUGGAUUAAUUGUUUGCACAGUUAUGAUUUUCGACCAAUUAAGGUUGUAUUAAUUGCGUCAGUAUCCGGAAGGCAUGCUGGAGAGUCACUAAAGAAAUUUGGUCAUACACGUUUAGGAGAAGUGUUACAAACAUGCAAUAGUCAAAUACCUUCGUCUUGGCCGGUGAUUGGACAGUUUUCAAGCAUUGGUUCUUUAGGUCCUAAGCCUACCGAUUGGUUUACCACUGAGUGGUCUUCAAGUUUAACCGGUAAAGGUGCCAGAGGCUUACGAAUGAUUUAUCCAUCUGUUGAAGAUGUUCGCAAUAGUUUGGAAGGUUAUUUUGCUGGUGGAUGUUUACCAUAUACAAAGAGAACAGCUGAAAAACAACCAUGGCUUUGUCAGUUCUUUUAUCGUUGGCAAGCUUUUAACCAUAGUCGAGCAGCACCUCACAUUAAGUCAUACACUAGAAUGUCACCAGAUGGUCAACAAAUAGGAUGGUUUCUUCUGACCAGUGCAAAUCUUUCAAAAUCUGCUUGGGGCGCCUAUGAAAAAUCAAAAAGUCAAUUGAUGAUUCGUUCAUAUGAAUUGGGUGUGCUGUUUUUGCCAACAAAUUAUAAGGAAUCAGCCCAUUCAUUUGAAAUUCUUAAAAACAAUGCAAACUAUUCUCAAUCAUCAACAGAUGAAUUAUUACCCUUUCCUAUUCCAUAUGAAUUACCUCCGGUGAAAUAUCAAUCAAACGAUGAACCAUGGAUUUUGGAUAAACCUCAUAGUCUACCUGAUAUAUUUGGUCGCAUUUGGGAGCCAUCUUGA